GAGAUCCACCCACCUCUACCUCCCAAAGUGCUGGGAUUACAGGGGUGAGCUACUGUGCCCAGCCAGGAAUGGGGGUUAUUCUUAAUUUCCAUGUACAAAUGUAGAGUUCUGAAGAUGGGUUUCACAGAGGUGAUUUUAGACCCUGGGAAACGAUGUGGUUCUUGACUUCAUGCCUAUGAGUGACAUGAAGGUCCUAGAUUCAUGUUAGAAAAUCAUCUUCCUAAAAAAGGAUUUUAUUUUUUUGUUGGUUCAAUUAGGAUCUCUGGUCAGUGUCUCUCUUAGCUCCCACUCCACAAGACUUCAGGGGCCUCUCUGACAUCUGAGCUCCUUAUACCCUCCCUGGAAAGGUCAUCGCCCUUCUCAGAUUCUCAUCUUGAGUGCAAGUUGAAGAACCUGCAAGUAGAAUGCCACUGUCUAUAGCCUAUCUCUUGCCUUGCUCCAGUAAACCAACAACCUCCAGAAAUGUGUGUCACUGCCAUCAUGAAUACCCAGCUAAGACCUGAAUGCCAUCACCCUGCCUGGGGCUCUGCAGUUUUCUCAUGGUGAACCCUUGAUGGAUUUACUAUUGCUUGAGAAAUGGCUAGGAUCGGAUUGGGGUUUGGAAGAUGGAACUUUCAUCCAUUAAAGAGGAAGAGUUCAUUGCUGUUGAAACUCAUAGCUGUUGUCUUUGCUGUGCUUCUAUUUUGUGAAUUUUUAAUCUAUUACUUAGUGAUCUUUCAGUGUAAGUGGCCUGAAAUGAAACCCACAGCCGAUGAUGGUGAACAAGCCACACGUGAGCCUGUGCUCAAAGCUAUGUUUCUGGCUGACACCCACUUGCUUGGGGAAUUCCUAGGCCACUGGCUGGACAAAUUACGAAGGGAAUGGCAGAUGGAGAGAGCCUUCCAGACAGCUCUGUGGUUGCUGCAGCCGGAAGUCGUCUUCAUCCUGGGGGAUGUCUUUGAUGAAGGGAAGUGGAGCACCCCUGAGGCCUGGGCAGACGAUAUGGCUCGAUUUCAGAAAAUGUUCAGACACCCAAGUCAUGUGCAGCUGAAGGUAGUUGCUGGAAACCAUGACAUUGGCUUUCAUUAUGAGAUGAAUAUAUACAAAGUGAAACGAUUUGAGAAAGUGUUCAGCUCUGAAAGACUGUUUUCUUGGAAAGGCAUUAACUUCGUGAUGGUCAACAGUGUGGCGCUGAAAGGGGACAGCUGUGGCAUCUGUUCUGAAGCAGAAGCAGAGCUCAUUGAAGUUUCUCACAGACUGAACUGCUCCCGAGAGGUACAUGGCUCCAGCCAGUGUGGACCUGGGCCUCUGCUACCCACGUCUGCCCCCAUCCUCCUGCAGGUGAGCCCAGGGAGGAAGGGGCGCGUGGCGGACAGCAGGCAGCCAGGGUUUCACUGUAGCCACUUGACUCCUCCCUCUGCCCGUCAGCAUUACCCCCUGUACCGGAGAAGCGAUGCUAACUGUUCUGGGGAAGACGCUGCUCCUCCGGAGGAAAGGAACAUCCCAUUUAAGGAGAACUACGAUGUGCUUUCUCGGGAGGCAUCACAAAAGCUGCUGUGGUGGCUCCAGCCGCGCCUGGUCCUCAGUGGCCACACGCACAGCGCCUGCGAGGUGCACCACGAGGGCCGAGUCCCCGAGCUCAGCGUCCCAUCUUUCAGUUGGAGGAACAGAAACAACCCCAGUUUCAUCAUGGGUAGCAUCACGCCCACAGACUACGCCCUCUCCAAGUGCUACCUCCCACGUGAGCACGUGGUUUUGAUCAUCUACUGUGGAGCGGUGGGCUUCCUUAUGGUCCUCACACUCACUCACUUUGGGCUUUUAGCCUCACCUUUUCUUUCUGGAUUGAGCCUGCUCAGAAAGCAUAAGACAAGGUGAAGAGCAGUUGACGUUUGCACUUAGCAAUAAAUAUCAAAACCCAAAUAAUGGAACUUUGGGCAGAGAUCAUGUUAGAAUCAAGUGGAUGUUGAGACCUUAUAGGCUGUUUCUCUGCACAUCACAGAAAUUCUCAAUCACUGAAAUGAGUAACUGCAAAAUAAAUAGUUGAUUGUACUGUUCUCAUGCUGUAAAAAUGGACAGGUACUCUACAACAUAUCUGUUUUCUCAUUUUUAUCAAAUAUAUGUAUCAUCAAAGGUUGCAUCUGUACAGUAUGUAAAUGCUAUUAAUGUCAUCACUCACAUGCACGACAGUCCUUGCUCCCCCAGGAAAGGCCUGGUGACCCCAGCACACACUGAGAUUAUGUGUAUACAUAAAUAUUGGGCUUGUUUCCCUCUUCCUGUGAAGUGGUUCUCAAAUUCCUAUGUACUGUAAAGCUGUACCCUUAAAAGUACAGAUGUGGCAGGGCACAGUGACUCAUGCUUGUAAUCCCAGCACUUUGGGAGGCUGAGACAGGUGGAUCACUUGAGGUCAGGAGUUCAAGUCCAGCCUGGCCAACAUGGUGAAACCCCAUCUCUACUAAAAAUACAAAAAUUAGCCAGGUGUGAUGGCAAUCGCUUAUAAUCCCAGCUACUUGGGAAGCUGAGACAGGAGAAUCCCUUGAACUCGGGAGGUGGAGGUGGCAGUGAGCCAAGAUCGUGCACUCCAGUCUGGGUGAAAGAGCAAGACUUUGUCUCAAAAAAUAUAUUUAAAAAAAAGUACAGAUGUGAUGUGGAGGACAUAUUGUUUUGUAGAUUUUUGUACUUGAUAGAUUAAUGGAUCAGAUUUUUAGAUAGGUGUAAUUUUCUCUAUAGGAGACCAAGUUGAUACAUCUGGUAAUGUCUGUCGAUGAUCAAAAGAGACUUGAAGCACGGAAUGGGAUGUGGCUUUUGGUACUUGAAAAUGAAUGCUUUAAUAAUUUUAA